AUGUCUCAUAGCGGUGCUGCUGUAUUCAAGAAGGUUAGCGGGAUGCUCACUAUUGAUGAGGAGGCGAGCCCUGCAGUUCUGACGUGGAGGUCUACAGAUGGGGAUAAAUCACAUACUGUCCUCCUUAAUACAAUUAACAAAUUCCAAGCGACGCCAGCAAGUAGUGACAAGAUGAUGUUGAGGUUAGUUGCUAAGGUUGAUGAAACCAAGAAGAUUAAAGAUAGCGAGGGAAAUGAAGUGCCUCCCAAGCCUGUUGUGCAUAAGUUUUCAUUUAAUAAUAGGAUUGUGAUGGAUAAUAUCAAAGAAACAUUACAGCAUAUUAUUGCACGGUAUAAAGAUGAGGAUGUAUUUGAAGAAAAGAAGCGAAAGGAGGAAUUUUAUGCACCGGUAACCUCUCAAGAGGAUUCAUUAAUCAACACUACUUCAUUGGAUGAUUCUUUAUCACAAGAGAAGCUUUUAACAAACUUGAAGUUGCAACAAUCUUUGUUAAGGGAAAAUAGAAACCUAAUGAAAACUUUUCAGGAAGCUGUUAUUAAGGCAGGGCUUCCUCCGCAGGAGUUUUGGUCUACGAGAAUUCCGCUGCUUCGAGCAUUUGCAUUGACAACUUCACAAAAGAUAGGUCCAUAUAAUGUUCUUUCUACCAUCAAGCCUGUUGCAUCGUCGGAUAACAAAGUUAAUGUUAGUGUUUCCAGAGAGAAGAUUCUCACCAUAUUUCAGAAUUAUCCGAUUGUAAAAAAGGCAUAUGAUGAUAAUGUACCCAAAAACUUCAAGGAACAAGAAUUUUGGGCUCGAUUCUUUUCUUCAAAGCUUUUCCGUAAGUUGAGAGGCGAAAGGAUAAUGCAGAACGAUAGAGGUGAUAUGAUUAUUGAUCGUUAUUUGACUCUUGAUCAGGAAUUUGAUCGUCGUGAUGAUGAGAUGCUUCUACACCCAGUUAAGAAGAUAAUAGAUUUGGAAGGAAAUCUAAACGAUGAUCCCGAAAAACGUGGUAAUAGGCCUCAUUUCACUAUGCUGCCAGGUACUGAUCCCAAUGGAAAUAAUGAUGGUGCCGUUGAUAUAUUGAAAGGAAUGAACAGGUUAAGUGAAAAAAUGAUUAAAUCAUUAGAAAAUGAAUAUUCAAGGGUGAAUUUACAAUUAGAAGAUUUGGAUAAGGAAGAAAGGGAAGAAAUAUUAUUUAGCGAUUUAGAAGAGGCUGAAAAGACUGAUUAUAAGGAAAUAUAUUUAAGAAAAAGAACUCCGGCGGAUAGAUCUAAUGGCGGAGCUUCAGAUUUUGCUUCAUCAAAUAAUUGGGAUGAAAUCAAAGGCAAGAUUGAGUCUAUAACAUCUGAACUUCAAGGUACUCUGGACCUGACGGCUGUCAGUAACGUGAAUGCAAAAACCAAUCAGAAAAUCAACAGGCGAGUUUUGAAAGCCGUGAAGAUUAAUGCUAAACAAGCAAGGCACUUGCAUUUUGACUCUACUAUAGGUGCAUUUUUAGGUAACCAGGCCAACAACGGCCUAGAAGCCGACUCUAACUUACCAUCAGAUUUGCUAGAAAGCUGCCGUAUAUUACACGGCACUUGUUGCGAAUUUUUAAAGCAUUUCUAUAUUCAAUUUCAAAGUGGUGAGCCAAAACAUGGUCCCACCGUUAAAAAGCUCUACAAAUACUUAAAGGAAUGCACUCAAAAGUUUCAAGAACUUUUGAACUCUGUGAGUGAACAAUCAGAUUCUAGAGCUGAAAUUGUAGCAUCUUGUGAAUCAUACCUACAACCUGUUCUUUUCUCAGUGAACCUCGCAGUGCAGAAAUUUGAUGAUGCUGUAAAAGAGCUGGAGUCUUAUAACAAUACAACUAGUACCCCCAACGUACAAUAA